ACGGACGAGCAGUUCAGUUUUGACGAGAAUGAGGCAAUUUCUGAGCCGUCACUAAGUGGUAAGGAUAGUUUUCUGUCGACAAAUGUCAGUGUUUCGUCGCUUAAGCUAGUUUUAGAUAGGUUGGCAGAUAGACAGACUAAUUUUGUGGAACAAGAGCGGGCAAUUGCCUCGGUCCUUAGCAAAGUUGACGAGGUUAAAUUUGUUGAGUUUGUAGCAUCAGUGGCUGGUUUGUUCGAGCAGUGUUUUGGCCUUCGAUCUUCGAAACAAAAUAAGCAUCUGCGUGCAAUUGAACUUGAAAGGAAUUUUACAGAACGUCGCAGCAAAACAAAUCCAGCUAGUAUUAAAGCGUGGGAAGAUAUCCUAUUGCAUGCUGGUGUCGCAAAAUGUGUUGCUUCUGACAAUGUAUACCAACAUAUACUCCAGCAUUUCUGGUCUACUACUGGAUCUGUUUUCAAGCAAGGAAACAUAUCGCGACCAGCUGCUCAGGAAGCUGUUGAUGAUAUUGUGGAGAUUGAUGCGGUCAGGGAUCACGCGGGUUGGGCAAUAAAGCGGGCACGGGAGAUAAGCAGUACGGAAGAUAAGUUACGAAUAAAACAAUCAAGUGGUGAUGAUACUUGGUCCGAAGUUGACAAAUCAGUGGCUUUGGAGUUAUUAUCAAAGCUUGGAAAGGACGAGAAACAACAAGAUGGGCGUUUCAGAUUUAUACCAAGACGAGAAGUUGGAGAAUUUUUUUUGUCAUUGCAUGUUGUUGUGGACAAUUUGUUAUGUAAGAGCCAAUUUGUUGUUGAGAAAGAGAAAGUGGUAACAAACUGUUUGCAACACUUGUCUAGAGACCAGCAAUUGAGAAAAGAUUGGGUUACGCAUAGGCGUACGGGCAAUUUUUUGCCAGGGGGGGCGGUAAACCAUUUGCCCAAAAAAUUCUCGCAAGUUGCCCAAAUUUUUACGAAACAGUAGAAAAGAAACGAGGGCCAUACGAUGCAAUAAUGUAGGCCGUACUGGCAUAUGAAGGUGGCUCGAUGCUAUGUUUUUCAGGGUCAAUACCUCCCAAUUUUGAGAAUAACUACGUCGCCAUAGACAAACAUUUGGAAAAAUUGCUACCAUAGUUUUAUUAGAUAAAGAUGAAAAUUUAUCAUGAGCAGGGUUUUAAUGACAUCGGAAUUGUCAUAGCAACGAAAUGACGCCAUUGUCUGUUUUACUUGCAGCAAUAUUUCUCGGCACUGGGAACUGUUCCAACAAAAUAAUAUUGUUCACGGGCCGCGGGAGCUUUUUUCUCCAAUAGUCGCCUCGAUGUUCGUGAAGUUAAAAAGGAAUCUAUAGGAGUGUUAUUGGGAUAUUUUGGGAUGAAGUUUUUAUCGUUAUAAAUAUGGUUAAAAAAAAUCUUGAUGUUUGGCCGUUAUUUGUAGAAAACGAAGCUCUUUUGACCUGCAAUUUAACCUCAUGGUAGCUUCAAUCUUUUCAAAAACGUGUGUAAAAGAUAUGAUCAUCGAGAUAGCGCCGGCCGAUUGCUAGAGACAAGGAUUUCAUUAGUAUCGAGGCGCUCUUGUUAGCGCUUUUGUAAACGUAACAUUUCGGUCUACUUUAACAACUUAUUGCUUGAUAGAUUUUUAAACAAAUUUAAUAUUCUUCUCGUAAUUCGAGCUGAGUACUAGUCAGCCACUUCUUCAUUUUCACACCCACUGUUGCUGAUGCUAUCCACCAUACACUGUUCUACGAGCGGAGAUGAUUCUAGAAAGAUAUGCGGAAGUUUAUUCUAAUCAAUUCACGACUGGAAAGAGCCCAUUCCAGUCAGAGCAGUGCAGUACAGUGCUCAACAAAAAAAACCUAUAAAUAAGUAAAUCAACAAAAUAAUGAUACCCUUCCCUAUAACCAGAAACUCAUCACGUGCUAGGAAACCACUGUGAGUGUCUCGAGAGAAAGUAACUGGAUUAUUACGCUGACUUCAGGCUUUUUUCAGUUUAAAAUAGAAAAUAUUUGUCUCUUUAGACUAAUAAAAAAACAUGGAAACGUCUUUGAAAACUGGCUUUGCCCAAAUUUUCUCUUGCUGCCCAAAAAAUCUGAGUUGCCCAAAAUUUGGGGGGGCUGCAGCCCCCCUCGCCCCCCCGGCCCGUACGCCUAUGGGGUUACGCUAAUCGGUGAAGGGUUUUCAAAACCAGUAGCAGUAUUUGUUUUGCAGAAGGUUUGCAUAAUGUUCGUGAAGUCCAAAAAGCAGGUAGCUAGGGAUAAAUUUGCUUUAAAACCACAAAAACGAAGCGUGGCAUUAAGGGAAGAACUUAGAGGCAAGAUUGGCAAGAGCAGUGGUGUCAAAGGGCAGCAAAAUAAAAAUGUGGUAUCACCUCUUUCUAAAAGUCCGCCUGAAAUUGUUUUGAAACUGCGCAGGAAUUUCGAGUCCCCCGAAAUUGUUACCAACUGUUUGAAAGAAAUCUGUACCCAACCUGACAAAAACGACAUCCUCAUACAUUUGUCAGGGAAGGAACUGAGUAGAUUGUUGUCAGCCCUUGGACAACCCGCACUGGAUGGCAAGAAAAAAACGCGGCAAGUGGAUGUUCUUCUGGCGGGAAAUGAAGAAUUUAUUAUCAAGUACCCUGAAAAGGUAGAUAGGUAG